AUCGAAUGAGCGUAUGUCUUCACGGGGGGUGGGGCGGUGGAUGCGCGUUUUUCAAACUGAAGGAGAAUACAUACAGCAUAAGAAGGCAAGGAGCAGCGAUGGCUGGUUUGGUGAAACCUCUGGCAGCGAGUAAGAGGCAGCAGCCUCAGUACAGAGAGCAACGGAGAAAAAAAGUGGAGGAAUACUUAUCUAAAAAAAUGGCCACCCCGAACCACGAUAAUCUGGUUGGGCCUGCUGAGGACAGGUCCCCACUGACAGAGAGACAAACUCUGAUGAAUCUUAAAAACAAAACAGAAAAUCUUAAACCAGCUGAGCACAAACAGACUGGCAAAGAAAACGUCUCUGUGCCAUCCGUUAAAAAUAAAGAUAAUGCCUUGCAUGUAAAAAACCCUUUCAAAGAUGCCCGUUCUAAAAUUGAUACUGGAAUCAAAAAAGUGAACUCUGAUUCUGCGGUCAGUACAGAUCCAAGGAAAGGACAGUCGCUAAGUAAAACAUUCUUAAAAAACAAAAACGUUAAAGAGAGGGAGCUGAAAAGUGAGACGUCCAGCAAGCCAGCUGCUAAUGUCCCGCUGCAGAAGCCUGUACUUGGGGCAUAUCGUGGUAAAGUCAUCCAAUCCAAAAUUAACUCUUUUAGGAAGACCCCUUUAAACACAGACGACACAAAUUUUAAAGGAGUGAUGAAACCAGUGUCUACGGCGCCUCACAAUGCAGGUGCAAGACCAAAAACUAUAAAUGUUUCCACAAAACACGUUGUGAAAUCUGCAUAUGCAAACACCAUUGUAAAGAAACCACCAACUACCGCCCAGAGCAGGACUCAAGUAAGGGCUUCAACCAGUGCUGUAAACCAGAAGAAGACUGAGCCAUAUACAGCAAGGAGGCACACCAGUGCAGUUCUUUCAAGAAAUCCCACAAACAAAGCCUUGCCUACAAGACCAACUGCUGAUAAAACUAUAAACAGUGGUUCUUUGGGUCAUAAAGCAGCUGUGCAGAAUAAAGGGAAAACACUAACAAGUUCUGUGAAGCCACUGCCAGGUCCACAGCAGAACAGACCUGCUAAACAGCCCAUGACCGUUCCAUCCACAAGACAAACUAAGACUGCAGAAGAACAAAAGGCUUGUUUAGCGAAAUGGAGGGAGGAGAAAGGGAAAGUUAUGAAGAGGCCUCCUAUAUCAACGUUCAAAUCUUCUACAUAUAAAGUGCAAAAAGAAGUUGUAUGCUGUAAGAGUGAGCCUGAACCACCAAGAAAGGUUGCUGCAGAAAUCAAGAGUGAAUCAAAAAAAUCCAUAGAAGAACCCCCCCGCAAGUUGUUUUGGGAAACUAUGGCAGAAGAGGAUGAACAGGAACUAUUCACACUGAAAGUUGACAAAAUAUUUGCAGAUUGCCAGAAAUUAAUUGAUGAGGGCUGCCCAAAAGAAGAAGUUCUUGACAUAUUGGAGAAACAGAUCCAGAAUAUUCCAGAAGCAAAAAAGCUUUCCAAAUACUGGGAAUGUCUUGCUCUCCUGGAGAAGCGUCAGGGAGAGUUGGCAAAAGUCAUUGUUAUCUGCGAGGAAGCUGUUGCAGCUGGAGCACAGCCCCUAGAUGACCUGAGAACUAUUCUUGCGGACGCAGUGGAAAGUCUAAAGGCCGAAUCUGCAGAAGGCUGUACAGUGGAAGACUGUACAGAAGAACCUGCAAAAGAAGAAGCUGUCGUGGCAGAGAUAAAAUCCGAAAAUGAACAAAGUGAACUAGAAGUGGCCAGAGUUAAGUCGGAGAGAAAAGUUAAACAAAGAGGAGCAAGGCAUGUUGCAAUAAAGGAGGAGACCAGGCCUUCAGAUAUGGAAGAGGAGCUACCAAAUAAUCACCCAACACCACAAAAAACAGAAUCCUCUACAGUUAUAAGGUUUAAUGUUCGUUCCACCCCUCACCUGCAAAAAAUAAAAACUAAAAUGCAAUUAGAUGAUGGCGAUUCCACCAUCAAAGACUUGAAAUUUCUGACUCCAGUGAGACGUUCCAGUCGCCUUGAACGCAAAUCACUGUGCUUGCCUGGCAUGUUAAGGGAUCAUGACCCUUGUGUUUCUGGCAUAUCUCAGCUUGAGGACCUAGAAAACUGCCCAAGUGCCUAUAUAUUUAGGAGAAACAACGCACUACAAGACAUAGAGCAUGUAUAAUUGUAUAGCCUUUUAUAUAAAUUGUACCUUUCUAAUCUGCUUAUAACUGUUGUAAUUAUGACUGAUAACUGAUGUCCUCUCUCUUAUGAUUUUAAUAGGUUUGUGUCCCAGUUAGGGGAAUUAAAAUUAGGGAGCAAGGGCUGACCUUUUCUGGAUUCUAAGCAAGUUCAAGUAGGGUUCCUGUUUUCGUGGAGUGACUGUGUGUAAGAGAAAUUUAGGGGGGAAGUCACUGACGAGGAGGAUGUGAAACAGGCAGAUAUUGAUAAGACCUGUAUAAAGUGCAACUGCAUGAAAGCACUUGAAUUCUUACUGCUAAGGCAUCCAGAAUUGCUCUAAUGUAUAUUAUAUUUAUUUUGAGCUUUUUAAAACCUAUUGCUUCUCGGCCAUCUUGGACACUAAUAUUCAAGUACAUCUGCAUGUAACAAAUGUAGCAUAUGCAUGAGACAUUUUAAUGAAUAUGAACCAAACUAGGUACCGAUAAUUUUUAAUUUGCUUUUAUUAGAAGCUUAGAAUAAAACAUGGCUGUAUACAAUAUAAUAAAUGUUUCAGUGUGCAAAAGCAAGCCGAGAUAAAUACUACAGCAGCCAUUACUGUCUAAAUGGUUCUUGGGUCACAGGGGAGCAAGUAAAUGGUAGCUUUUGCAAAAGUCUCUCUUAUUUUCUGUUGAAUAACUACAUGACACCCAUAAAAGGUUUCUUUGUAAACCAA